AUGGAAACUGGAGUAUCACUCUCAAAACUCUCUAUACUGGAUGCGAUUCAGAUAACGGUCACUGCUUGGGAUAAGGUCACGACAAAUACUAUAAAAAAUUGCUGGAUUAAAACAGAAAUUCUUUCAUUAUCAUAUGAUGACACUAAGAUUAUUUUGUCAGAACUAGAAGAAAAAAAUAAUAAUAAUAUUUUGGUCAACAAUUUUUUGUCUAUUGAUGAUAAAUUAUUAUUGAUUGAAGACUAUGAAAAAAGUACUGAGCAGGAAAUCAUUAAUUGCAUUCUUGGAAAAAAUACAGAAAUAGAAGUUGAUGAAAAUGCUUCUGAAGAAAUUAUUGACAUAACCAACAAGAAGAUAAUUGAAUGUUUUGAGAAAUUGCAAAAAUAUCUUAAUCAGGAAAAUA